CGUUAAUAUUCAUUGUGAGUCAGUUUAAAGCUGCCUCGUCCCUCCUCCCUGGUAGUGAGGGGUGUGAGGAUACACGAUAUCAGGACCUCAGGCUGAAAGCUUUCAUUGUAACUUCUAAACCUCUCCUCCGAGACCAGACUGCGGAAAAUACCUCCCUUCCAAAAAGGAGAAUGGAGCUGUCAGGAAACGUUUCGGAGAAUAUCGUAUUAGGAACCGGUAUCUACAACGUCACCCAGCUUUCUGAGGCGGAGGAUGCCACCUGCACAGAUUCAGAAAGGUUUUCUUGGAUAUUUGCUUACCAACCGAUAUAUAUGUGGGUCAUUUUUGUCCUAGGGUUUCUAGAAAACUCGUUUGUCAUUGGUGUGUUCCUGCUUCAUAAGAGUCGUUGCACGGUGGCCGAAAUCUACCUUGGAAAUUUGGCCGCUGCGGACUUAAUUUUCGUCUGCGGCUUACCGUUCUGGGCGAUCUACAUUUCCAAUGAGUUCUACUGGCCUUUUGGCAGCUUCCUUUGCGUUUUCAUAAAUGCGCUGAUGAAAGUUAACAACUACGCAAGCAUUUAUUUCUUAUUGAUGGUCAGCAUUGACCGAUAUUUUGCGUUAGUGAAGACCAUGUCGACCGGACGCACGAGACGGACCAGUUGCGCCAUGUAUAACUGUUUGUUCAUCUGGAUCCUUUCUGCCAUCAUGAGCAUGCCCAAAGCUGCAUUCAGGGUUGUCCGGUUUGUUCCAGCAUUAAACACCACCGCCUGUAUCAUCGAUAGCUCAGCAGAAUGGCAUAUUGCCUCCAACAUCUUGCUUAACCUGAUUGGCUUUGUUGUUCCGCUAGCCGGUAUCUCAUUUUGCACGUUCCAGAUCAUAAAAGCUCUGACGAAUAAUUCAAUGCAGAAGUUCAAGGAAUUUAACACGGAAAAAAAGGCGGCGCGCCUAGUUUUUGCUGUCGUCUUUGUGUUUUUUAUCUGCUGGCUGCCGUUCCAUUUUUUUACCUUGCUUGAUACCUUGGAUUACCUAAAAGUGUUCCCCGAAUGUGCGAUCAAUCAAGUCCUAGAUAUAGGCACUCAAAUUUCAACUUAUAUUGGCUAUAGUAACAGCUGCAUCAACCCUCUGCUCUACGUUAUGGUGGGAAAUCAUUUCAGGAAGAAGGCCGUGGAAGUCUACUACCAGUUUACCCCAAGGAAACAUAGACCAAGAAAUCUAUCCCUCCAGACAGACUUUUCUGCAGAUACUGUGCGGACUUCGAUUUCGAUGGGGCAACCGAAUCGGAAAAUAUUUUGAUUUGGCCGUUGUGCCUCCUGGCAGGAAGAGUUUAUUCAUUAAUGUACAUAGACCAUACACUGACGUUAACUUGGGACAGUUUUUAUAUAUUUACUUUCUUUUUCUAUCUCGUCUUUAUAACUUUACCUUUCAAACCAUUGGCACUGAAAAGCAAAACAUUGUAAAGACUAUUCUAAGAGUUACUCUUUGCAAGUCACUAUGUUCCGACAUGCCAUUGUCACAUUUAAUAGUAACAAAAACUGGUAGCCCCGUAUAUUGGCAUCUAGAAUUGAGGGUUGUAGCUCCUAAAAUGCUUGAUCGUAGGCAUAAAGAGUCUUUUUCUCUAAAAAAAACCCCCAAAAAUCCUAAUUUAUUGUCCCUGAUAUAAUGGUCUCUUUUUACAGAUUUACCCAUCAGUAUUGUUUUGCUUUUGAUAAAUCCUCUUGUAUUUUGCAAAUGUUUCAAAUUAAGAAGUAUUUAGCUAUGGUGUCCAAAUACUCCUUCUGAUGGAUUUUGCAGAUGACCAGGAACAUUGGAAAAUAUUUAUAAACAGUGUUGCAAAGUGUUCUACAUGAAGAAAUCAGCAGCGUCUCCCCCCCUGUUUCCAUGGUGAUUGCACUACUUUUUAAGACUUUACCCCAGAACUAGUCUUCAUAAAUUUGUUUGGCCAGUGCCUCUUUGAAGAAGUGUCACAGUUGACCUGUUGAGUGUUCAUAAGGCAAACUAUCGAUGUGGACACACAUGCAACAUUGUAGCGAUUGUGGAUGGUUGGACAUCCAUACGGGGUUCCGGAAUCCAAUCUAUGCCAAAUAUAAUGCAGUAAGGGAUAUGGACAAUAAGGGGUGCUGAAGCUCCCACCGAUGGACAUUGAUUACUUAGAAGGCUACUCGAGAAGAAAUAAAAGUGCAUUUUGUAAAUAAGGAGUUAAUGUGCGAUCUUGUAUAAGCUGCAACUUAAAGCCACCAUCCGAUGAUGGAGGAAUGAGGUAUAUGCAAAUAUAUUACAGAUUUAUUAUAUUGUUAAAUCAUUAUAACGUAGUUGAAACAUAUUGCGGGCAGAUGUAUUGCACUUGUUUGUACGUAAUUAAUUUAAAGGCUUGUUUUAUGUAUCUCCCAUCUGCUUGGGGCCUCCAAAGAGCUAGAUUUUUUUUUUCAUGCGUGACUUGUGUAUGACAUUUAUGUAUAAUGUUAAUUAGGUGUGUGAUUAAAUUAAUGUAUAUAUAAAAAGAAUGCAUAAUG